UUCAGACUGGGUUGGAAGUCCGGAUGAAGAAGCAGCAGCCGUGUUUGUGUGGUAAGGAUGGAGACCCGGCUGGUCUCAAACCCGGUGCCCUCUGGCCUGGCUGGCAGGACGGCGGUGGGCCUCAGAAGGACCUGGGGGAUGGCUCCCGGCGGCAGCCCACCACCCGGGAAUCGGAGGCCAGCAGCGCUGCUAUGGAAACCGUCCAGAUCAAAGACAAGCUGAAGAAGAGGAAACUCUCUGAGGGGCUUUCUGGGGCUCCUCGGGGAGGAGCUAGGGGAGAUAACCCGAAGGCUGCCCUUCCCCUCGCAGCCUCCCUGAGGCUCCUGCCAGCGCCCAUGCCUCCCAUUCUGAGCAUCCCCACCACCCCGGAGGCCCAGGGGUCACUGCAGAAUGGCUCAGACCCUCAGGCAUCCAACGGGGACCACUUGAAGCCAACCCCGGCAACCCAAAAGGCACAGAGCUCUCUUCAGUUCCUGCACUGCAGUGAGGAGAAGAUGAGAAAGUCCCUAGGGGUUGCUCCAAUCCCUCCCAUCCCCAAGGCCGGGAGGUCUCCCAGGAAUGACGCGAACGCCGUUCCAGUUGCCCUUCCCAGUCUCCUGCUGCCAGAUCAGGGGAGCCCACCAGUAAGAUCAGGGCUGCAAAGAAGUCCCAGUGAGAAAGCCCUAAAGUCUCUGGGACCUCGGACCCUGGAUCCUCCGGUGAGAAAGGAGCUAACUCGUGGGGCAAAUCCUGCUGGAUCAGAGACCCCAUCUUCGUGGCAAACCCGCUCCUUCAGCCAAGCUAAGGUUGCCAAGUGGCCACUAACCCAGACAGAAGAGGACCAGAAAGAGAGUCAUGGCAAGGUCCCCAUCACCAUCUCCAAGUCGGCUCAGGAGAAGAUGCGCCUGAAGCAGAAGAAAGAGCUGGACCUGCUGGUGCGCGGAUGGGAAGGGGAGCCGGAGCGGGGGAGAGUCAAUCAGGGAGAACUCGCUCCUCUCCGGGGCAGCGGAGUCCUGCCCCGACCCGCCAGGCCGCGGAGCCCAGGUCAAACCAGCCCCAGCGUCGUCCUGAGCAAGCAGGCCAGUAGGGCCGCCCGGGCCUCCCUGCCCAGCCUGCCAGUCAGCAGCCGAAACUCUAGUCGGGGUCGCCACACCUCAGCCAAGUCCCUGCCAGCAGCCCUCGUGCCCAGUCCUCCAGAGGAAGCGGCGGCGCCUGAGGAGGGCCUGGCUCAGGAUCUCCGGCCUCUCUCGCACCCUGAGCUGGGGCUGAUGGAGGCCCUUCAGUGGCUCAGUAACAGUGACUGGCAGCUGAAGGAGAAGGGGCUGGUAAGCGUGCGGCGCCUGGCGGCUUGUCAUCCCGAUGUGCUCGAAGGGCGACUCCACGACGUUUGCCUGGCCGUGACGCAGGAGGUCUCCAACCUCCGGUCCAAAGUAUCACGCUUGGCCAUCAGCACCCUGGGCCACCUGUUCCAGACCAUGAGAAAGCAUAUGGACCAGGAGGCAGAGGAAAUCGCCCGCUGUCUGCUCCAGAAGGCGGGGGACACCAGCGAGUUCAUACAGCGAGUGGCAGAUUGGUCUCUGAGAGCCAUGGUGGAGGACGUGACCCCAGCCCGCUCCCUGUCAGCCCUCACGGCAGGGGGUGCCUAUCACCGCAACCCCUCGGUCCGGAAGGCCACUGCCGAGCACCUGGCAACAGUCGUGGAGCAGAUGGGAGCCGAGAAACUCUUAUCGGGCCCCAGGGACAACACGGACGCGUUGAUUCGCACCCUCGUCAGGCUGGCUCAGGACUCAAAUCAAGACACGAGGUUUUAUGGCCGGAAGAUGGUGAACGUCUUAAUGUCUCAUCCCAAGUUCGAUAUGUACCUGAAGCAAUCGCUCCCAUCUCAUGACCUGCGGGACAUCGUGGUCGCCAUCAAGCAACGGGGAGGAGAAGAGAAUGCCGAGCCUCCGUCUGCCAAGGGCCGUAGGAUCUCCACAAACAGCAGUGUGACGGUGUCUCGGGGUGGCCUGCUCUCCAAAGAAGGCAGGGGCAGCCUGGACCUGCAGCGGGGGGCGGGCCGCCGCUCCGCGCUGCGCGGUGUCGAGGUGGCGGAGCAGCUGAGGGAGCUGAAUGAACUGCUGUUGGCCAAGGACCAUCAGGCGCGGUCGGAGGGCGUGAGGCUACUCCUGCAGUGCUGCAGGAGCCACCGGGGACUCGUCUCCGGAAACAUCAUCCAGAUCUUUGACGAUUUCAUCCCGAGGCUUCAGGACUCUAACAAAAAAGUGAACCAACACGCACUGGAGUCGCUCAGCCAAAUGGUACCCCUCUUGAGAGAUAGUUUACAUCCAGUGCUAAUCCCCGUCAUCACCGCUGUCUCGGACAACCUGAAUUCCAAGAAUUCUGGGAUUUACACAGCUGCAAUCCAGGUUCUGGAUACGAUGAUCGCCAAUUUAGAUAACCUCUGGCUUCUACAAGCGUUUGCCGGACGAGUACGUUUUGUCUGCGGGCGAGCCGUGCGCGACAUCACAGAGCGUCUGUCCGUGCUCGUGGUGUCGGUGUAUCCCCGGAAACCUCAGGCGGUGGAACGCCACAUCCUCCCAGUCCUGUGGUACUUCUUGAGCAACAUGAUCGGCAGUGGGGUGCUCCCUGGUCAUGGGGGGUACGUCCGGUUGGUGGUGAGCAAGCUGGCUAAGAGCCUACAGGAGCAGAUGGGCUCCAGGCUGCAGGAAUAUGCCAGCAGUCAGUCCACACACGUCAACAGAUGCCUUCAGGGACUCUUAGAUGCGACAGCCUCCCAGUGACAUCCAGCAGGGACAGAGAGCGGGGAGGAAAGAAGACACAUCCAUCUGGAGGCAAUCUGGCAGUCCAAGCCCCUUUUCGGUUGGAGAAAAGAUGGAUGAGAAAGGGGAAGGAAUAAUUUCUCUCUUUUUUAUGGUAUUUA